GCCAAUUAAAAAAAAAUUAACUAAGAAACUGUACUAAAAAAAAAGGGGUACAAAUAAAAGUUUUGAAUUUGAAAUGAAAAUAAUUUCUCUUCGUCAAUAAAUUAAACACAUUUGUGAUGGAGAUUACAGAAUCGGUUUCACUCUUCUAAUAAAUCAUCGGAAGAGCUGGAUGUCGUCAGCGGAUAUUGUUGCCGGAAUAUUAGACAACUCGAAAGAAGUCGAUCGGUUGAGGAAAGAGCUGGAUGAGCUCCAGAGGUGGUUGAAAAACCUGGUGAUAACUCUCUAUCAAGACUUCAGAUGUUAUACACUCAAGCAAAAGAGCUCUCGGAGACUGAAGCCAGAAAGUGGUGAACAGAAAAAGAAAAGGAUAAAAGGCGAUGCCGAUGUCCUGAGAUUGUCUCCUUCCACGCGAAGUCAUCUCGAGUCUCCUGUAAAUAUGAAGGGAGAACAAGUGGCAGCAAGAGUCAGUCAAGAGGACGCUGGAAGGGACAAGUGGUUUGUGGUUAAAGUAAUCAAUUUUGACAAGGAGGCACGAGAGUUUGAAGUCCUCGAUGAGGAACCAGGGGACGACGAGGAGGGUGGGGCCAGAGUUGUGUUAGAAUUUGAUGAUGAUGAAGAGGAUGGAUCUUUGCCUCAGAGGUUAGUAUCCUUCCACAGAGUUGUUCCUCUUCCAGAAGGAUAUCGUCAGUGAUUCUAUAUAGCUUUUAGUUGUAAAAUUGUCGUAGCCAUCAUUUCUGCUUAAUGUUUGUCUCUAAAUUUUAUUAGCAAAACCUUCAGACCUGUUUUCAUGCUGAUUUAUGAUGCAAAUACUACCAUCCAUGAUCCGUGGCAGACGGUAUGACUAAACGUAACUAUGUUAUUUGGCCUUUGUAGCUUAAACUUUCACUUUGCAGACACAUAUUUUUUUCUGUCUUUCAGUUUGUAUGUUAAAAUUCAAAUAUCUCGAAUUUUGUAUUUGAGAGCCAACAUGUAGUACUGUAAUAUUACAUGAAAUUGUUAUUUAUUUAUUGUAC